AUGGCAGACGCGUCAUCAACCAAGCAGUCCAUUGUCCAGACACUCAACGAUGCGCAACGCCGUGCCGUGAGCUCCGGUGCGACUACGGUUGCAAUUCUUGCAGGCCCAGGGAGCGGCAAGACGCAUACCUUGGCGUCACGAGUCGUAUGGCAGGUCGAUGUAGUUGGCUAUCGACCAGAGGAUGUUGUUGUGGCUACCUUCACCGUCAAGGCGGCACGCGAGAUGGGGGAGCGCAUAUGUAAGGUCUUGGGCCCAGAGAGAGGGCGAAAGGUUGUGCUUGGGACCUUCCACAGCAUAGCGAGGCGCUACCUCGCGGCGUACGGCAAAAAAAUCGGCCUGGAUCAGAAGUUUGGCAUUGCAGACGACUCUGAUUCGCGAGCCAUCAUCACCCGUAUCUGCAAAAGACACCACCUUGGCAUAGACCCCGCGAUGGCCAGAGGGUGGAUCAGCAAGAAAAAGAGCAGGGCAGACGAUCGUGUUGUGUUGUCGCAGCAAGAGAAAGCAGCCAAGCACGGGAAACAACAACCGAUUCAUUCACGAGAGUUGGAAACUUGCUACGAAGAAUAUCAAGCACAGCUUACACGAUCAAACUUACUAGACUACGAUGAUCUGCUAGUCAAGGGUGUCGAACUCUUGCGCGCGGCACCAGGGUGUGUCUCAAACGUGCAGGCUGUCUUGAUAGACGAAUAUCAAGACACGAACGGAGUCCAGUAUGACUUCAUGAAGCUGCUAGCACAGCGUCAUGGCCGUAUAACAGUCGUCGGAGACCCGGAUCAGAGUAUCUACGGGUGGCGCUCGGCCGACACUAGAAAUCUUAGCCGUAUGUUUACCGACUUUCCGACGACAGACAAGGUUGCAUUGGAAGAAAAUUAUAGAUCUUCAGAAAGUAUUCUCGCAACUUCUCUCAAGAUUAUUCAACAAGAAGAGAAGCGGUUCGACAAGGUGCUAAAGGCUGUGCAUACACGAGGAACAAGACCGGUCCUGCGGAAGCUGAGAAAUUCGGCACAGGAGGCUGAAUGGAUCGUCGCCGAGCUUCGCAGGACUAUCCUUCUCUCCGGAAACAUGAUGACACACGAUGACGUCGCCAUACUUCUCCGGUCAGCAGCACUCUCCAGGCACAUAGAGGGCGCUUUGGGCAAGGCGGGAAUUCCUUACCGAAUGGUUGGCGGUUUCAAAUUCUAUGAACGCGCAGAGAUCAAACUCAUCCUUGACUACCUGCGCGUUAUCUGUCAACCGGACAACAAUGAUGCGCUGGCCAGAAUCAUCAAUGUUCCAAAACGAGGAGCUGGUGACGCAACCAUCAAAGCUCUUCUUGAGGAAGCCGAAAAGUCCCAACAGAGUCUAUGGUCUUUGCUUCGAAAGCAUUGUAUUGGAGGCAAGCAAGCAAAGACACCACUCAGGAAGCAAGUGGAGCAAAAGAUUUCGGGCGGUCUCAUCAGGCUGAUACUGGAUAUCCGCAAGAAGAUGGACGAAUCCACACCUGAGACUCCAUAUAGUAUGCUUGAUAUCAUCAGCCAGGUGCUCUCUCGGCUGGAUUUUGAGCAGCAUCUAAAAGACACAUACAACGAUGAGUGGGAAGGCAGGUGGGCGAAUGUGCAGGAGUUUAUCAACCUCGCCACCGACUUCAUGACGGGAAAUGAAGCUGAAGAAAAGCUUCCGGAGAUUGACGGGCUGCAGCAGACCCCCGAGCGUGACACACUGGCCAGAUUCCUUGCCAACGUGUCACUUGCUACAGAUGUGCAAACCAACGACCCUGGCCAAAACCGACCGACGGUUACGGUAUCGACGAUUCAUGCCGCCAAAGGUCUGGAAUGGCCUGUUGUGUUCAUACCGGCGGCGUACAAUGGCAGUAUACCGCACAUAAGAUCCGAAGAUGGUGACGAGGAACGCCGGUUGUUGUACGUGGCGAUGACACGGGCAAAGGCGCUUCUGUACCUCAGCUACCCGGUUGUUGGUGGCUAUGGUAACGGCGAGAAGGUCACUCUAUCAUCUUUCCUCUCGGGCGUGGAGAGUUGUUUUGCAGCACAAGGGCCAACUUUCAACUCGACCGUCCUGGAGGAACUGGCUCGCAUUCUAAGGAGGAAAGCCCCAUCGCAAAAGGACGUGUUUGGCCGGCUGAAGCCAUUCGAAGUGUCGAUGGAGGACGAUAUUUUCCCUCCUGAUCCUGAGCAGGAUUUGGGUAGGUCUGAGAACAAGAUUGGUCUUAGCCGGUCAAGUUCAGGAUCGGGAGCAUCCCAGUGGCAACCGCCGACGAAAAGGCAAAGAAUCCAUUCCGCCAGCGGAGGGCUGGAGCAACAAGACCAGUCAUGGCAUCAAGAAUAUUCGACAACAAUGCAACAGGCAUCCGGGUUCACCGUGUCAUCGCUUCCUGGGUUUGUCACUGCCGGGGUCCAUCACUCUGCAUUCCCGGUCCUUGAUCCACAGUAUAGCAGAGACUCAAAAACAGGCCAGCCAAAUCGUGGUGCUGGUCAGAGGAGCCUGCUAGGUUUCGUGACCAAUCCCGGGCAACCAAGGACUGGAGCCGGAUCACAGAAGCAGAUAUCACAAGCACCUCAAAAAAACAGCAGUGGUAUUCAUCAUCCAAGACCUCCACAAUCAGAAUGUCAGCAGGGUUGGAGUAACAACCAGAUGGCAGGCAAACCGGCGAUAGCGCCAGAAUUGGCAAACCAUCGCCUGGGGGGCGCCCGCCCAACCACAUUGGCCCGCCCGGGACCUCAAGCGAAGCGGGAGCAGGGAGGCAUCUCGACCAGAAAUCAAUAUGCACACCUUUCCAGCUCUCCAACAAAGGCCCAGCCACAAGAGGAAGCCAAUGACCCCACAUCAUCGCCUCCUGCACCGACGCGACCUGUUUCCACCUUUCACACCACGACCUGUACCAUGCCACAAGGCCAAGGAGGCUUCAAGAGGCCAGCGGCGUUGACCAGAGAGGGUAUAGCUCCCAUGGAUAGGUUGCGGAAGCCAUUUAAGCCGCUUACCAUCAACCGUUCAAUGGGGAGCUAG